UGUAAAUUAAAUAUAUGAUAGAGUUGUAAAAUACAUGAUUUCUGUGAUAAUAGUUAGUGAUUAUAUAGUGAUAUACUUGGAAGAAUUAAAAUUUAAAAAUCAAAAUGCCUUUAAUUAUAAAGUUAUUAUUAAAUCAUAGUUUCAUGGCCGCAAAUGGGUCGUUAGGGCUACUGUUUGUAAUUACUUGUUAUGGGAUGAUAGUGACUGCAUCAUCAGAUUUCUCUGCAAUCAAAGCCAUGGUUGAUCGCCUUCAAUUCAAAGUCACAAGCAGUUUACCCAACUAAAGUAAAAACUGUUUACAAUCAAAGUGCCUUCUAUGUGAAGAAUUACGUUUUGUAACUGAAAGAACAUCAUAAUGCUAAGAUACUUAUCACAAUAUGGUUACUUACCACCAUCAAAUCCAAUAAGUAGUGGGAUCAUUUCAGAACAGACCAUACAUCGAGCUAUUGCUGAAUUUCAAGCCUUUGCUGGUAUUGGUGUUACAGGAGUUUUAGACAAUGAAACGAUGACUUUUAUGUCAAUUCCGAGAUGUGGAGUUAAAGACGUCAUAGUUCCCAGUUUAAAUAGUCGAUCUAAAAGAUAUGCACUUCAAGGUUCUAGAUGGCGAGUUAAAAAACUUACAUACAAAAUUAGUAAAUAUCCACGAGGUUUAGAAAAAGGAGCUGUUGAUAAAGAAGUUGCUAAGGCUUUUUCCGUGUGGUCUAUUUAUACUGAUCUUACAUUCACUUCUAAAAAAUCCGGACAAGUUCACAUUGAAAUUCGAUUUGAGCGAGGUGAGCAUGGAGAUGGUGAUCCAUUUGAUGGACCUGGAGGUACAUUAGCCCAUGCUUAUUUUCCUGUGUAUGGAGGUGAUGCACAUUUUGACGACUCUGAACAUUGGACAAUAAAUAGCUUUCGGGGUACGAAUUUAUUUCAAGUAGCCGCUCAUGAAUUUGGUCAUUCUCUUGGACUUAGCCAUAGUGACAUAAAAUCAGCUCUUAUGGCGCCAUUUUAUAGAGGAUAUGAUCCGGAUUUUAUGCUGGAUAAUGAUGACAUUCAAGGAAUACAGGCUUUGUAUGGUUCAAAAAUUGAAAAUAAAGAUAGGACAAAUAUUUAUCAGCGAACGACCAAUAUCCCUCUACUGGGUGAAGAAGAUUCACAACUUUGUCUGGACUCAAAAAUUGACACUAUAUUCAAUUCAGCAGAAGGGCAUACAUAUGUUUUCAAAGACGAGUAUUACUGGAAAUUAUCUUCCGAUGGAGUUGAAAGUGGAUAUCCAAAAUUGAUUACAUCUUCUUGGAAAGGCUUACAAGGAAAUAUUGAUGCAGCAUUUACUUACAAAAAUGGAAAAACUUAUUUUUUUAAAGGUUCAAAAUAUUGGAGGUAUAUUAAUAAGAAUGUUGAUGGAGAUUAUCCAAAAGAUAUUAGUGAAGGUUUUACUGGUAUACCUGAUAAUAUUGAUGCUGCUGUUGUAUGGACGGGUAAUGGAAAGAUUUAUUUUUACAAAGGAACAAAGUUCUGGAGAUUUGAUCCAUCGCAAAGGCCACCAGUUAAAAGUUCAUAUCCAAAACUUAUUUCAAAUUGGGAAGGUGUACCUGAUAACAUAGACGCUUCACUAGAAUAUCAUGGAUACACGUAUUUCUUUAAAGAUAAAGCAUAUUAUCGAUUUAAUGAUAAAACAUUUUCUGUAGAUGUUGCUAAUCCAGCAUUUCCAAGAGCUACUGGCUAUUGGUGGUUUGGGUGUAGAUCCAUUAAUAAAGGAACUCUUAGUAAUAUUAAAUGGAAUAUAGAAAAUGAUAAUAGAAAUUCGUCUCAUUAUUAUGCUACACUAAAAAAAGUUUACAGCGUGAAGUUGAAUAGUAAUGAUGAUAAUAUAGAUAAUGUGGAUGAUGUUAUUUUAGAUGCUGUAACAUAAAAUAUUAUCUAUACAUAUUUUUUGAUAAACUAAACUCCUUGUUCCUAGAGCAUUAUGCCCUAAAUCUUCGUACCACCGA